UUGUAGUGCGCCUGCGCGAACUUGGGAUAACGGGAGGCAACCGUAGAGACAACACAACAGCUGGUUAGCAACGGGGACAGGACAACAUCAUGGAUGAGUUUCAGUCGGGAGACGAGACAGCCUUUGUCGUGGACGACGUAAGCACAAUCAUAAAAGAGUCUGUUGAAACAGCCAUUGGUGGGAACACCUACCAACACAGUAGGGUCAAUCAGUGGACAACAAAUGUUGUGGAACAGUGCCUCAGCCAACUCAGCAAGCUUGGCAAACCUUUCAAAUACAUUGUGACGUGCAUCAUCAUGCAGAAGAACGGGGCGGGACUGCAGACGGCCAGCUCGUGCUUCUGGGACAAUAACACUGAUGGGAGCUGCACAGUGAGAUGGGAGAACAAGUCAAUGUACUGCAUUGUCAGCGUCUUUGGGCUGGCCAUCUAAAACACUAAACUGUGCUGCGCAGUACUGAACCUUCUGUAUCAGCUCUUGACAUAUUUGUGCCUAAUGUUCUCAAGCAAGACAAGCCUCUCGGACCAAAGGUUACACACUCAUGAAAAUCAUCCCGCUGUUUUUACACUGAAUGAAAAAAAAAAGAAUAAAUUAUUUUGUCUUUCUGUAAAUUA